UGCUCUCUCUCUCACACACACACACGCACACACCUCCUCCUCUGAAUCACGGAAAAACACCAUCAUCAUCAUCAUCAUGCAGCGUCUGAUUCUGCUCCGCUCUCCUCCGCGCCUCCUCUCUGGUGCAGCCUCAUAGCGAUGGUUUAUGCGCAGUCGUCCCUCGGUGUCAAUCCCUCUCUUUACUCUCCGUCUCUCGCUUAUCAGAUGUCAUUUAACUACUCGGAGAGGGAAAACUCAACUGUCCUGGCAACCUUACCCACAACCCCCCUGUGCCGCCUUGAGGACUCCUCUUCUGGCCAGGCCAAUCAGACCUACGUCUCUUACGAACUGACUUCAGGUGAGGUUGCGAUCCUGGGACUGGUGUUUGGAGUUCUCUGGUUGAUAUCCAUCCUGGGAAAUGCUCUCGUCUGCCUGGUCAUCCACCGCAGCCGACGGACUCAGUCCACAACCAACUACUUUGUGGUGUCUAUGGCCUGCGCAGACUUGCUUAUGAGCCUGGGCUGCGCACCAUUCAUCAUCCUGCAGGUGGCAUCAGGACGAUGGCCACUAAGUGCCGCCGCGUGUAAAGCCGUGCGCUACCUACAGCACCUGUGCCCGGGCGUGCAGGUGUACGUCCUGCUCUCCAUCUCUGUGGACCGCUUCUACACUAUCGUCUACCCGCUCAGCUUCAAGGUGUCCAGGGAGAAAGCGAAAAAGAUGAUUCUGGCCUCAUGGCUCUUAGACGCCACCUUUAUCUCGCCCUGCUUCUUCUUCUAUGGAUCGUCAUUCAACAAUCACUGUGACUUUUUCCUUCCGGAUGCCUGGGGCAGUAUAGGCUACGCAGCCGUUCACCUGCUGGUCGGUUUUCUGGUUCCGGUAGCACUGAUUGUCUCCCUCUACCAGCGGGUGAUCCGCUACAUCUGGAGAAUCAGUGCCGAUGGCCACACAGUGCGCCGGACAAUGAACAUUGUCCCACGGACUAAAGUCAAGACCAUCAAGAUGUUCCUGAUGCUGAAUUUGGUUUUCUUCCUGACCUGGACACCCUUCUAUGUUGCGCAGCUGUGGCACCCACAGGAGUCUGAUGGACCGGGCAGGCAGGGGCUGCUGUUCUUCACUGCGAUCACCUGUAUCUCCUUCAGCUCCACAGCGUCCAAACCGACACUGUACUCUGUCUACAACGCAAACUUCAGGAGGGGCAUGCGGGAGACCUUCUGCAUGUCGUCGAUGAAAUGUUACCGCAGCAACGCGUAUACCAUCACAGCAAGCUCUCGCAUGGCCAAAAAGAACUAUAUCGGCGUGGUGGACAUCCCUGUGCAAGCAAAAACUGUCGCCAAGGACGCAGUUUAUGACACAUUUGACCGAGAUGCGAAGGACAAGAAGGUAGCGUGGCUAACAAACGCCAACCCGCCUAACACCUUUGUGUAAACCACCUUGGAGAAUUUGAAACUGUGAAAUGAACUAAUGAAACUUUAUUUAGUCACAAAACUUUAGCGUUGACGGGUCAGCUAACUGGAGGCUAACUAUGUAUUUGAACUCAACGAAACGUAAGUGUUCCAUCGAUAUAAAGGGCUUUUUUUUAAUGUCACACCUCAUGGUAGCCAUAUUGGAAGUUCUCAAAAGCAACAAUCUGAUUUUCUACUGAAGAUUUUAAUCAUUAUUCAUUUCGGUGACAUGCUUCGAUGGAUUGUUUUGUCAUAAAAAUGUUGCGUUUUGAUAACAUUAGCUUGUUCAGAAUCAGAAUACUUUAUUAAUCCCCGGGGGGAAAUUGUUUCAAUUGUUAGCUAGCUAACUGUUGUU